AUGCUGCACUUCCAUUGGUUAAAAAUGCAUCGAAGGCGGGGUUUCAUAGCGCUGACCAAUAGAAAGGCUGAUUCCCAGCCUCAAACGUACAUUCUACCUCACGCCUCACCAAUCCUUAGGAGCCGAAGGGCGUGUCCAGGCACAGACUGCGCUACAGGCCCGGGCUUAUGGUGUCCAAUGAAGAUGCAGGACACGUGCUUGGGGCGGGGCCUGGUGCUUGUUCGAAAUCCUGGCGGCGGCCGCAGAAAGAUGGCUGCUCGUCCGCGGCGGCACCGCUCUAGGUACGCAAAGCUGUGGGAGGGUGACUUUUGUGAUGGCACUAAGACAAUUGACGAACCUUCUUUGACGACUUCCAUGGAGUGGGACACGCAGGUGGUGCAGGGGUCCUCGCCGCUUGGUCCCGCAGGGCUGGGGACGGACGAGCCGCCACCCAGCCCGCGGCUGCCGUCGUGGCUGCAGCCCGAGAGGUGCGUCGUGUUCCAGUGCGCGCGGUGCCACGCAGUGCUGGCCGACUCGGUGCACCUCGCCUGGAACCUGUCGCGGUCCCUCGGGGCCGUCGCCUUCUCCAGAGUUACAAAUAACGUGGUUUUGGAAGCUCCCUUCUUAGUUGGCAUUGAAGGUUUACUCAAAGGCAGCACUUACAACCUUUUAUUCUGUAGUUCCUGUGGGAUUCCCAUUGGUUUCCAUCUCUAUUCUACCCAUGCUGCCUUGGCUGCCUUGAAAGGUCACUUCUGCCUUUCCAGUGAUAAAAUGGAGUGCUAUCUCUUAAAAACAAAAGCCAUCGUAAAUGCAUCUGAGAUGGAUAUUCACAACAUGCCUCUACCAGAAAAGGUUGCAGAGCUGAAAGAGAAGAUAAUAUCAAUGCAUACUCACUUAAGUUCACUGAUGAAGAUGCUGAAGGAAGUGACUCCUGACCAUUCCAACCCAGAAAACUGACCCAGAAUGGGAACUUGAGUAUCAGGGUCAGGCCUUAUUGCCAUCUUGAAAGACAGGUGCUGUUUGAUCAUUUCUUGAGAAAGAUCAACUUCAGGAAUGGACAGGAAAUAUAGUUUAUUAUAUUUACAGCUAGGCUGUUUUUCCAAGUGAUUUGUAAAGCUGUUUAUAGAAAGGAGCUUUCUGUCCAGGUUUCAUAGCUAUUUGACUUCAGAAAUUAUUUUAGUUUUCUUAUUGGCUUUGUAGUAAUUUCUGAAAACAUCUUUAACUGCAUAUUUAGGGAUUAAGAGGCAAUGUGCCAUGAAUGCUCUAUCCAAAGAUGUAUAUGAAAAUAAAGUUGUACUUAAUGUUCACUACUGUGAUUCCUACAUGGAGCGGUUACAUGAAUAGCUGUAACUAUGAUGUAACAUUUCAAUUAGGUGAUAAAGUUUGUAUAUUCUGCAUUUUCUUAAGGCUAUUGUCAGUUGUUUUUUCUUAAAAUGUGUAAAUAAAUUCCUGUGUUUUUGCUUAUUGAGCUUUCAUUACAGCUUAGAGCAGCCUUUUUCAUGUGAAGGGGCUGCUGGUGCCAGCCAUGAGCUGUAAGUCCACAAAUUACUGUUUGAAGAGAGAGAGCAUCUGAACAAGGGGAGGAAACUUGAGAAAGAGCUGUGUGACUCCCCUUGAGCCCUUGCCUCCCUUUCCCUUGCUCCCUCUUCCCUUUCUCAGGAGAAGUGGCAUGUUCCCACUCCCCUUCAGUUCUCCCUCCCUUUUCUACAGGGAGAGACAGAACAUCCACAGCCCCUCCCCCUGAUCUCUUAGUUAUGCUUUCUUAUAAAAACCUCUGCCUGCGCUGAGAUGUUAAGGUGGGUUUUUGAGGACAGAAGUCCCCCCAUCUUGAGUUGCCAGCAACUUGAAUAAACCACUUUCAUUCUCAUUA